CCCUUCCGCCUUUCCAACUCACACUCUUCCAUUUAGACACAUAAAUCGAAAUUGAACCAAACCAAAUCCGGUCUACCUAAACCACAAAUUUCCUACACUUUUGUCCUGUUAUUAACGUCACCCAUGACAUACAUAGUCAAUACUCGAUAGAAACCUUCAAACUUCGAUACUUCCACAUAUUUCUAGUCUCAUUGAGACCUACUCAAACCAACCCAACAACAUUCUAUAAAUACCCACAAACCAUAAACCCUAAAAUUAACCCCAAUUCCCUAUUUCAUUCCCUUUACGUACCAUCACCAAUCACCACAAAACUUCAAUUCCUCCCUGUAUAAGCUCAAAAACCCAUCAACAAUGGCGGAUGAAGUAGUACUAUUAGAUGUCUGGGUAAGUAUGUUUGGAAUGAGAGUAAGAAUCGCACUCGCCGAAAAAGGUGUCAAGUAUGAGUAUAAAGAACAAGAUUUAAGGAAUAAGAGUGAUCUGUUGCUCAAAAUGAACCCGGUUCAUAAAAAAAUACCGGUUCUUAUUCAUAAUAAUAAGCCGGUUUGUGAAUCUACCAUCAUUGUUCAGUAUAUAGAUGAGGUUUGGAAUGAUAAGAAUCCUUUGAUGCCGUCUGAUCCUUAUCAGAGAGCUCAGGCUCGUUUUUGGGCUGAUUUUAUUGAUAAAAAGAUCUAUGAGAAUAGUAGGAGAAUUUGGACUACUAAAGGUGAAGAACAAGAGGCAGCCAAGAAGGAAUUGGUAGACCAUUUCAAAAUAUUGGAGCAACAAUUAGGAAACAAGCCAUAUUUUGGAGGGGAUUCAUUUGGGUUUGUUGAUGUUAGUCUGAUCCCAUUCUAUUGUUGGUUUUAUGCUUGGGAAAAAUUAGGCAACUUUAGUAUUGGUGAGUCAUGCCCUAAGCUUAUUGAAUGGGCUAAAAGAUGCAUGGAAAGAGAUAGUGUUGCUAAGUCUCUUCAAGAUGAGAAGAAGGUUUAUGAGUUCCUAUUGGAGUUAAAGAAGGCACUUGGUUUUGAGUAAAGGAAACGCGGUACUUCUUCUGUUCUAAAGAUAUGUUUCAUCGUUUUAUUCAUACGCGUUUAUCGUCGUCAUCCUAAUGAAAACAUGGUUUAAGUAGUUGGUUUGUCUCAUGGUGAAUAAUUAGCAAUGUUAUGCAUGGUAGAUUGUAGAUUGAAGUAUGAGGUUUGUUGUUGUUGUAAUGUGGUGUUUGUUGAAGUGUUGUAAUAAGGUUAGGCCUAAAAAUGUCUUAUAUUUAGGUCUUUUAUGAUGAAAAAGGGGCCUAAAAAUGUUUCAUUUUUAGUUGCUUUGUGAAGGAAAGUGUUGUAUUCGUUUGUUUGGAUGAUGAUCAAAGUUAGUGCACAUUUGUAGCAAUCAAAA